GGCCUCCUCCUCCCCGCGCCUCCUCGCCGCCUCCGCCGCUGUCUCCCCCUCGAGGGCGGCAGGCCUGGGCCGGGCCCCGCGGAGAUGCGCGGCGGGCCAUGUCGGUGUCGGGGCUGAAGGCCGAGCUGAAGCUGCUCGAGUCCAUCUUCGGCCGGGACCACGAGCGCUUCCGCAUCGUCUCCUGGAAGCUGGACGAGCUCCACUGCCACUUCGUGCUCCUGCCCGCCCCGCUCGCCAUCCACUGCAACAUCACGGAGUCUUACCCCUCUUCCUCGCCAAUAUGGUUUGUGGAGUCAGAUGACCCCAACUUGACCUCGGUGUUAGAGCGUUUAGAGGACAUCAAGAAGAGCAAUACUCUGCUUCUCCAGCAACUGAAGCGAUUGAUAUGCGACCUCUGCAGGCUCUACAACCUCCCACAGCAUCCUGAUGUUGAAAUGCUGGACCAGCCACUACCAGCGGGGCAGAAUGGCACGACGGAAGAGGUGACAUCAGAGGAAGAGGAGGAGGAAGAUAUGGGCGAAGACAUCGACUUGGAUCAUUAUGAUAUGAAGGAAGAGGAGCCGGCGGACGGGAAGAAGUCGGAGGAUGACGGCAUCGAGAAAGAGAACCUGGCCAUCUUGGAAAAAAUCCGAAAGAACCAACGGCAAGACCACCUAAACGGUGCAGUCUCAGGGUCUGUGCAGGCAUCAGAUCGACUUAUGAAAGAACUCCGGGACAUUUACCGAUCACAGAGCUACAAGACAGGGAUUUAUUCAGUGGAGCUGGUGAACGACAGCUUGUAUGAAUGGCACGUAAAACUUCUCAAGGUCGAUCCCGAUAGCCCGUUACAUAGCGAUCUUCAAGUCUUAAAAGAAAAAGAAGGCAUAGAAUAUAUUUUACUCAACUUCGCUUUUAAGGAUAACUUUCCCUUUGACCCUCCAUUUGUGCGAGUGGUUUCUCCUGUCCUUACUGGCGGGUAUGUGCUCGGUGGAGGCGCAUUAUGCAUGGAACUUCUCACGAAGCAGGGCUGGAGCAGCGCCUACUCCACGGAAUCGGUCAUCAUGCAGAUCAACGCAACGCUGGUCAAAGGCAAAGCCCGGGUUCAGUUUGGAGCAAAUAAGAACCAAUAUAACCUAGCAAGAGCGCAGCAGUCCUAUAAAUCUCUAGUACUGUUACAUGAGAAAAAUGGUAUGUAUGGCUGGUUCACGCCUCCAAAAGAAGACGGUUAAUUGUGUGGACUGUGUGUGUCUCGGACCAACGUCGGCGAAAAAAAAAAGAUGUCCCUUCCAACUCAGAUUCAAGCUACGAAUGCCCUUGUAACAGCCAUACUGAAGAUUCUAGCUAAUAGAUAAUAGUUGGGUAAUCUGCUGACCAAUGCAUCCAGUACCAGUUAACAGCCGUACAAUUCCGCUCUCGCUGCUGAGUAUCUCGGACUGAAACAGUUUGCUGUUAUUGCCCUUGUGGAUUAUGCCUUAUCAAGGGGCCGAUCUUCCUUCCUUCCUUUUUUUUUUUAAGCAUAAGCUUCUUCAAGACUAGACCGUUGGCUUACUAAAACGUCAAUCAGUAGGAGAUUUCCUAUCCCAUAAUUUUGUAUGCACUUUUUUUUCCCUCCAGGUAGCAGAGAAAUGCAAUAUAUUUUAUUUACAGCCGAUCAAGUUUAACAACAUUAGUUUAGGAAUAUGUUACAAAGCUUCCCUCCCCCACCACAAGGCUCGUUAAAGAUCGUAUAUAUAUAUUUUUUCCUUCCCUCCAGCCUAAAAUUGAAAGCGUUUGUAGUAUUGCCAAAUUCGCUGAUAUCUAGGAAAGAGACUGUAUGUUUGAAUCAUUAAACUUUUUCUUUUUUCCCCCGUGGCUGCGUCGAGGAUACUGAACUGUUUCUGGGAAGAGCUGCUCGUCGGACGUCUCUCUGCUUUAAAGCAAAGCCAGUCUGUGCCGAUAAGAACUUUUCGACUAGUCGAUUCCACUGGGGCGCCAAUUUCUUUUUUUUUUUAGCCGGGCGGUUCUGCUCUCUUUGGCUCCCGUUGCCUCCUUUGCCGGAAGGGAGGCGCGCUGUAGGUUAUAAAGCUUGAAGUUAUUUUGAAAAAGUACUAGGAAACCUUUCGUGUAGGCAUUUGGUUCUGUUGUAAUGGGUCGUUGCAAUCCUUUGUAGACUUAACGAACUUCUCAAGCGAUCGGCAGAAAUCGAGAAGCAAAAAAAGCGGGGGGUGGGAUUAAAGCGACGCGAGGAAGUCCCACGAAUCUUUGGAUUCGGAAUUUCUUUUUUGAAAGUUGCCCACGGUGGUUUUUGUCGCAAAACGAACGGGGAUCGCUGUUCCUUUGAGGAAAUGAAUCUGGGUUGGUAACUACUUGUGUGUGUAUCUCCUUGCCUUACCUUUAAAAACAAUAAUAAUAAAAUCAGGGUCGGGGCUUUCGUUUGGUAAUUCUUCUGUUUGCAGGAAUUGAAUUAAAGGUAUAAGCACUUUUUUAAAGUCCAGAAUUGUCUCUUCUCUCUGCCCCCCCCCCCCCCCCCGACUUGAAAAAUAUCAAGAGUGUUCUUUGGUGCCCAAAGGGCUUCAGUCUUUUUUGCUCAUUUACGCUGGGUUUUCUUUUCCACUCGGAAGAACCAUUUACAAGGAUUUAGCCUGAUGAAAGACUGUUUCCCGGAGUGCUUGUAGACGACUUCCUGGCUUCUCUGCUUUAUUUGGUUGUGCGCAUCCAGUCACAUAAAAUCCUGUUAAGCCAACGGCCAAAUUCUGUAAACCUUUUUGUUUUUACAGCUCCUUUUAAAUCCUGAGGCUACAACCUUCUUUUAAAAAAAUACAUUAAUCAGUUCUUUAAACUUCUAAUGGACUAGCAGAACAACAGGUACACACUUGGCACUAUGCUUUUUUUAGUUUCACUUUUUCAUGGCAGAAUUAUUUGGUGGUAUACGGUAAUCUAUAAACUUGCAUCAAGUUUAUGAAUAAAGAACCAUUUUAAGAA